GCCCCAAAGCCAGCGACAUGUCCCAGUGGGGAGCAGUGCUUCUGCACCCCAGUGUGAGGAGGACGCAGGGGUCAGAGGUGGUUGCAGGGCGGGCAGAGGAAGGACCUGACAAGGGGAGUGGGCCAGCAGUCAGGGAGCAGUCAGGAAAGGAGGCCAGCUGCUGACAAGAUAACCCAGAAGCAUCUGGAGCUGCGUGGAAAGCCCGGAAGACUGCAGCCAUGCCUCACAGCUCUGACAGCAGUGACUCCAGCUUCAGCCGCUCUCCUCCCCCCGGCAAACAGGACUCCUCUGAUGACGUGAGAAAAGUUCAGAGAAGGGAGAAAAAUCGCAUCGCUGCCCAGAAGAGCCGACAGAGGCAGACACAGAAAGCCGACACCCUGCACUUGGAGAGUGAAGACCUGGAGAAACAGAAUGCGGCUCUGCGCAAGGAGAUCAAGCAGCUCACAGAGGAGAUGAAGUACUUCACGUCGGUGCUCAGCAGCCAUGAGCCCCUGUGCUCGGUGCUGGCUACCAGCACGUCUUCACCCCCCGAGGUGGUGUACAGCACCCAUGCUUUCCACCAGCCUCACGUCAGCUCCCCGCGCUUCCAGCCCUGACCUUUUCCAGAGCUGGGGAGGAACAGAGCCCCAGCUACUCCAGCAGGCCUUGGGAGGAGCACACAGACAGUAGCCAGGCUGCUUUUGUCCCUCAGAGCCCUCUGUCUACCUGGAAACAUGGACGCAGAGGCCUGGACAAGGACCGAGCACAAACAGGACUGUAGCAGCUGGAAGUGUGUGAGGCCCCCCAGCAGGGUGGCAGCCCAGCAGCAUGUGCUGGACCCCCCAUGGGUUGUACUAAACAUAACGUUCAAGACCCACGGCACAGAGCGAGAAGGGCAAGCACGGAUUAUUUUUCUAAAUAAAUGUC